UCUGUGUGAACGCGGAAGAUCAGAAGCGCGUGACCGUUGAAGCUAUGGCGAUGGACCGGACCGGGUCAUGGAGCUCGUGUUCGGACUACUGAACCGAGUCUGGACCCUUACUGCACUUUCUGACUUGACGAAUGACAAGAGAAGCAAGAAUAUGGAGGAAAAAGCGCUGGAGGUGUAUGACGUGAUCCGGACGAUUCGUGAUCCGGAGAAGCCCAACACUCUGGAGGAGCUCGACGUCGUGACGGAGAAGUGUGUGUGUGUGCAGGAGCUCGGAGACGAGGAAUACCUCAUCAUCAUUAAGUUCUCUCCCACCGUCCCACACUGCUCUCUGGCCACGCUGAUAGGUUUGUGUUUACAAGUCAAACUUCAGCGCUGCCUGCCGUUCAAACACAAGCUGGAGAUUUACAUAACCGAGGGAACGCACUCGACCGAGGAGGACAUUAACAAACAGAUCAACGAUAAGGAGCGCGUGGCGGCCGCCAUGGAGAACCCGAACCUGCGGGAGAUCGUGGAGCAGUGUGUUACUGAACCAGACGACUGACACACACACACACACACACACA